CAAUUCAUUUAUGUUCCUCCUCUGAACAUAUGUAAAUCAUGUAGAAUUCUUGUAAUCUUCAGGGAUGUUUAAUUUUUAAGUUUCAGUCAUGUUAUGAAGAAAGGAAGUUGUUAUGUUUCGUCUGGAAACUCCGCCCAUUCGGAGCAGGUUUUUGAGGGAAAACUUUGUGCGCCAUUUUCAUUUCGGUCGGAGGAAUUCAUCUAUCUGGACCAUAAAAGUCUGGACAGCUCUUCACACGGUAAAGAUAAAUGCAGAAUGCAAGCACAUCACCACCAUGCCCCUGCAAUCCAGAUUUCUCUCACAGCUAGAUGUGAUGUCUGACAGACUAGCGACACUAUUUGAAAGAAGAGGAGGACAGAUAGGCAAGUGGCUACAGAGCAUUAUGGCAGACAUGAAUCAAGAUGAUGAUGUUGAUGUUGGGCGGGAAUGCGUACUCAAGGGUCUGUGUGUGUACCUCAAUGAGGAUCCAGAAAAUCUAGUGAGAGAAUACACAGACGAAGACCUGAACCAAGGAGCCAUUGAGAAGACCACGCUGGGAAUAUGUGUUGUGAAACACACCGAUGCCACUGAUGGACCAGAGGACAUUGGGAUUGUCCUGGAGGGCCAGGUGGUACUGCAUGAUCUGGAUAACGUUGCCUUAGCUGCUGCCAUGUUGUUUGGCCUAACGUAUGCCUUGAACCUCAACUACCCUCCUGAACUUAAGUACUCGUUCGAAGUGCUCCAGAAGGUUGUGAUGGAGCUGGAGGGCAACACACGGUCAAAGAAAGCCCAGGCUCUCAAAAACAGAGUCCAUCAGUGAACUGUUGCCAUUUAAUGGCAAGAUGGAUAAAACAGUUUCGCCAUCUUUUGGAAUAUGGACUAUUGCUGCUUUUUUCAGUAGGAUUGUUGGAACCAGUCACCUGCAUGUUCUGUGAUGGGUGAUGAUCAGACAGCGUU